AAAACAUUCUUGUGCAAUGCGCUCGGCUUUACCCAACUUAUUUUUGUAAAAAAUAUAUAUAUGGACCAAUGGGAGUUGAAAAUCCGGCGCACGUAAGCAAGCGGGAGAGGACGCACAACUCAGAAACACAGUCCCAUAAGGAGAACGAUAAUAGUUUGGAUUAAUUUCUUGAUAGCCGGGAGGUACUUUUCUAGAUGAGAAGCAAACGGCUCCACCUAUUUAUUCCCCCUCAUCCACCAGCUGAGCUCCCAAACUGAAAGCGAGCCAUCCUUUCCACGUGACCUUCCGCAUCUUCUCGCCACGCCCCCCUUUUCGAACGCCCGGAGAAGUCAGCCUCCUUGUAGCCGUGGAAACGCAUUCAGGGUGUAACGCCGCACGGCCAAUGGGAAGCGGCGGACGCCGAGAGAGGCAGCCAAUGAGCGCAGCCUGGUGCGAGUUUUAAACUUGCGGCGGUAGGUGGGGCGGCCGUCGGACUCGUGCGCAGCAGGAAUCGGCCGCUGGGAGUUUGCUGGGAGCGGAGGCGACUGGUUCGGAUUAACAUCUCGUGUUGCGCGGAUCGAGUCUGGAUCAUGGCUUUGCGGGUCACCCGGGUAGGAAAGGGGCUUUUGGAGGGGGAGAAUUUUUUUUGUUUUUCAGGCUUCCUGCUGCGCCCUCUUUUUUGCAAGAGGUGGCAAACUUAAGGCUGCAGUCCUAUGCAGGCGUAUAAAUGGGGCUUACUCCCGAGGAAACGUGCAUAAGCUUCUGUUUCACAGGAAGUAAGGGGCGGUGGUGCUAGUAACUGCUAAUUGCCAUAUGAAAAAUUGAAUUAUACUGCUGUGUCGAGUUUUUUCUGCCUACCAGAAUUAGUAAAUCGGUUCCCAGACCCAUAUUUUUUUUUGCGGGGGGGGGGGCGUUGGGCGUUGCCCUGGCUUGUUGAGUUUUACCAGUUGUGAAUUGGCUAAGGCUUCUGCUUAAUUAGUACUGUGCCUCAUCAAAAUUGAUAGGAGGAGGGCUUUAAGCUAGGGAAGCUUGUAAGGUUCAGAACUCUUAUUCCUACCCAUCCUCGCUUUAUCAUAAAGCUGUGCAAAUGCUUCCUUGUGUUUGUGAAACAGAAAGGUACUUAAACGGGUUCUUCCUCCUUCCUGCAGAACACAAAGAUCAAUGCAGAGAACAAAAUCAAGGCUGUAAUGGCAACCAAGCGGGGAGGCGAUGGUGCCAGACCCGGCUUGAGGCCUAGGACUGCCUUGGGGGACAUUGGCAACAAGGCAUGUGAAGCAAAAGCCAAGGCUGUAAUGAAAAAGGUAAGUGUCUCCUUCCCUUCCCCCUUCCAAGUAGAGCUUAACAUUGGGAACUAUCAGGGCUACUGCAAUGAUUCCUCCCUCUACCCACUUCUAUUCCCUCGCCCAGGAAAUACUGAAACCUGCCAUUUUGGACAAAGUUACAACUCAAAAAGUCACAAGACCUACUGAACAGCCAAAUGAAUCUGUGAAAGAAGAAAAGCCCAUCCUUGAACCCGUUAAGGUAUCAAAUGACUUGCAAAUGAUAGCCCUAGCUUUAUGGUUGGGUGGGGCAUGGGGGUGAAGGAUUCUGAAUAACAUUUUUGCUAUAUAUGUUGUACAUAUAUGCUAUAUAAGUAUGUGUUGUCUCUUGAUAUUGAAACAGCUAUUUUUGAGCAUUCAUUAGCUACCCUUAGCAAUAAUUGGCAGUCUGCAUACUGAGGCUUGGGUUUUAGCCCCUGGGUGGGCUACAUUGUCCAACUUAAGGCUGUCUGAAUGGCAACCAGCUUUCUUCCAGAGCUUGCAAAGUGUGUGCCCAGUGGCCUCCAAAAUACCACUGGGUAUUUCCUGCUGCCAGAUUAAUACUGAUUUUCUCCCCCUAGAUGCAGAAACUUGAGACAAACCAUGUCUAUUACACUGGGCUUUUGAAUCUUUAACUGCAAUCCCUUUGGUUGCAAGUCCAAUACUCCUUAAGUGCAAGUCCACACUUAAGGUGGAUAUUUGAAUCCUUCUACCUUGGCACUUGUCUCUGAUGUGUCUGUUCUUCCUGCAGCCUGUGUAUGGACCAUUGAAUCCCUUUAUGCUUCUAUGCCCAUUAGCAUCAUGAUUACACCUGCGUCAGUAACACGCAAGUAGCUUUGCAUCCCAUGCAAUGCCCUUGUACAAACUAUUGUUCAGGAGUCUGAAUAUUGAUUAGGAGUCUGGCAUUUCACUUCUGGUCAGCAUUCGUGGGCCAUAUGGGCAGAGCAACAAAUGAGAAAUUUACCUUUGCACCAUAGCGUGACUUACACACACACACCCCUCCCCAGACAACAGGCAAAAUAGUUCUAGGACACAUUCCAGCUUGACAAAAACACUUGAGCAAAUCAGGGCCUUUAAGACGUGUGAUCUGGAGAGAUUCUAAAGACCAAUAGGCCACAUUUGGCCUCUAGGCCAAGAGAUUCCCCUAACUCUGACAAGGAUGCAGCAGAGACUUGCAGUUGACUUAUAACUGGGCUAUUAUACAGAGACCACAUAUACCUUUUACCUACCAAUCUAUAGAGAGGUCAGAGGACUCAUGAUGCAGCCACCUUGCUGAAGCUAAACAGGUCUAAGUCCUGAAUUAGAAGCCCAGUUGCAGUCCCAUGUAUGCUGCCAUGAGUUCCACAACCCAAGGAGACAUGUAGUGUUGUAGCUCAGAUACUAAUAAGUGUAAACCUCUCUUCAACAGUUGGAGUCUCCAUCCCCCAGCCCAAUGGAGACUUCUGGUUGUGCACCAGCAGAGGAAAUACUGUGCCAGGCCUUUUCAGAUGUUCUGCUUGAAGUGAAAGACAUUGAUACAGAUGAUGCUUCAGAUCCAAACCUUUGCAGCGAAUAUGUGAAGGAUAUCUACAACUACCUGAGAGAUCUUGAGGUUGGUUCAAGUAGCUAAGGCAUGCCUGAUAUGCCUCUAGAAAUUGAGGUUACGUCCAAAUCUAAGUUAACUAGGAAAUGUCACUACUUAAGUUUGUGCACAGCAGGUGCCCCCCCCCCCAAUGAAAGCAGCAGCUAGAGUCUUGCUCUUUGUGUGCCCUUGCUGUGCUUGCAAAAUAUCAAUGGAAUCCAAACUCAGUUUAUAAAACUGGGGGCAAGGAACUUGCUAGUUCAAAAGCAAUGAAUGGUGGCGACACGUCAGCUUCAGCUGCAACAAGGCUUCCUUUCUUUCGUUUGUGCGGGUAAACAUGAUUUGACAUCUGUUGUUUUCUUCACAGGCUCAGCAGUCAGUGAGACCAAACUACUUGGCAGGCCAGGAAAUUACUGGGAACAUGCGGGCAGUCCUAAUUGACUGGCUUGUGCAGGUCCAGAUGAAAUUCAAACUCCUGCAAGAGACUAUGUACAUGACUGUUGCCAUUAUUGAUCGCUUUAUGCAGGUAAGAGCAGCAUGGCAACACUUUUCUUUUUUGGCCUGUUUGCAGCUGUCUUUCCUUAAGAAUCUGCAGGGACACUGAAGGCAGAGGGGCUUAGCUGCAUUGGAUGGAGGCCAUACAUUGCAUCACAAUGUUUCCCACGCCCGUGUAUGAAUUUGAUCAUACAUGGAACAAUGCACUUUCCUUUUAGAUUGAAAGCUGCAUGCUUGGUAGAUGCACAUACUACACAGCUCUCCCAGGGUAGCUAGACUGGUGAUGGCUUAUCAGUUCAGGAAGCUGACCAUUGAACUUGCAGUGGAACAAGUGCACAAAUAUUCCUUGCUGAAGAGUGUGUCCGCUUUGGGAGUAAGCGGUCUUCCCCAAUAUUGUUAUUGGCCAGUUUGGCUAACAGUUGUUUCUAUUGCAGAACAACAAAGUUCAUAAGAGGAUGCUGCAGCUGGUUGGUGUAACAGCCAUGUUCGUUGCCAGCAAAUACGAAGAAAUGUACCCUCCAGAAAUCGGCGACUUUGCCUUUGUGACAGAUAACACCUACACCAACGUACAGAUUAGGCAAAUGGAGAUGAAGAUCCUGAGAUCACUGGACUUCAAUCUUGGUCGUCCUCUUCCACUGCAUUUCCUACGGAGGGCAUCAAAAAUUGGAGAGGUAAUGCUGUUUAAGGGGAUGCCAAUCUCACUAGGUCACAGUAUGACACUCCUGAGUCAAAUAUGUGUGUAGGAAGAUCAAACUUGGAAUCCUAAAAUGUCUCCUUUUGGCGUGAGGAGGUAUAUUCAGUAUCCUACCAGUAGGUCAGUCUUUUCCAACCUGGUUCCUUCCAAGUGGGUGAGUCCCAUUGACUGCAGCCAGCAUGUCUAUUGGGAGUUGGGCCAAAACAACUGAAAGACAAACUUUGGGGAAAGCAGAAGUAGGCUAUCACUACUUUUAUGAGCAUUUGUGGUUCAAAAUGGAGCCUGGCAAAUUUAAAAUUGGCCAUGGAGUUGGAUUGUUUUGUCCUGAAAAAGCUGUAAAAAGCUCAACAUCUUGCUUUGUCUUAACUGUGUGUAGCUGUGAAGGCACAACCUUUUGAUUCAGUUCUUCAGAUAGGGAGAAAUGUAAUGCAAGGCACAGUCUUCCUUGUUGAUCUUCAGGGUUCGUUGGCGAUAAACACUAUCUUACCCUAACUAUUCCAGGCCGAUGUACAGCAACACACACUUGCAAAAUACCUGAUGGAGCUCUCACUGGUGGAUUAUGACAUGGCACACUACCCUCCCUCUCAAAUUGCUGCUGCGGCCUUUUGCCUAUCUACUAAAAUACUUGAAGAGGGAGAAUGGGUAAGUAACUGAGCCCAGACAUAGCCUUAAAUUUGUAAGGUAAAAGACUUUGCUUUUCACCGCCACUAAAUACCAGAAAUGACUUUGGGUAUUUGUUUCCAUGACUUUCAUUCCCAUGUGUGAGCUAGAAUUGCUAGAGCAGAGUGGCUUGGAGAAUCAGCUGUGACCCUGGAAGAUCUGCCUCAAAACUUGCCUCUGCUACAAAGCCUCUAGGUAGCCUUAAGCACGCUGUUAUGUGUGCCAGGGUCCCUAGAUCAAGUGCAGAGGAGGUUCAUGGGGCAUUCCGAGCUUUUCCAUGAUGUACAAGUGUUACUCAGAAGGAUUUCUAACGCUUAACUUCUUGCUCUUAGACAACAGCUCUACAACACUACAUGCAAUAUACCGAGACUGAUCUUAUUCCUGUUAUGCAGCAUAUGGCAAAGAAUGUGAUGUUGGUAAACAGAGGCAAUGCAAAGCAUCUGGUAAGCAAAAACCAUACCACUGUGCGUCUGGUUACAUGUAAAUCCUAACUUGCUACUAAACGAGGUUUAUAGCUAAGUCAGUAUGAUUAAGCACAGGUGUGCUUUGGUUAUGCUAAUAUGUAGUGAUAUAGUUGGCUCUACAAUGGUGCAAAAAUUAUGUUAACUAUUGAUCAAUCUCUCCGCAGACCGUCAAGAACAAAUAUGCCACCAGCAAGCAUGCCAAGAUCAGCACCCUUCCAGCACUGAACUCUGCAGUCAUAAAGGAUCUGGCUAAACCAUUCUCGAAAUAAACCUAAUUUAACUGUUGGACAAAGUUGACACCGUGUGUUGCUACUUAAGUGUGUGUAUAUUAUAAAUAUAGUGGUUAUAAAAGUUUUAAUAAACUUCUUUUUUACUU